AAACUUUAUUUCUCUUAAUAGGUUUUUUAUUGUAUAUCUUUGCUAUAAUAUUGUAUUGUUAAAAUGACUGUUUCUCGGUUAACUUAAGAUAUAUAACAAUUUAGGUUAGGUUAGGCUUGGUUCGGUUGCAUUUAGGUUAAGUUAGGUUGGAUUAGGUUAGUUUCGGUAGUAUUAUGCCAGGUUAGGUUAUGUAAGCACUCGAGUGGUUAAUGUUAAGGUGUAAUAAGCUGGGGUUAAUCUUGGCCAUGUUACAGAUCACGCUGGUUGAUGGUUCGGGAGGCGUGGUGUUCACUAGUAACUACAAGGAGAAGCCGCUCAGAGAUGGUGACGACGACCCGGAUUUUGUCCACGCCUUCAAUGGCUACGCUCCUGCAGGGAGUGUAUCGUCAGAGGCAGGGCGGGGUGUAGUCUACGUCAACUAUGGUCGUGUGGAAGACUUCGACAAGCUGGAGGAGUUGGGUGUUAAUGUAUCAGGCUGUAUCGCCAUCGCUCGCUACGGCAAGAUCUUCAGAGGCAACAAGCUCCUUCAUGCCCAAGAACGCGGGGCUAAGGGCAUGAUCCUGUUCUCUGACCCCGGGGAUGUAGCGCAGGAAGGCGUUGCUGAUGAUGACGUGUACCCCUAUACGUGGUGGCUGCCGGGGACUGGUAUGCAGAGAGGAACAACUUACAUGGGUAGUGGUGAUCCACUGACCCCUGGCUGGUCUUCUACAGCCAAUGCCUACAGGUUGACGAUGGAAGAUGCUGACCUGCCCAAGAUACCCUGCCAGCCUAUUGGAUAUGACGAUGCCCGGGUUAUACUUGAGAAGAUGGGAGGUAUGGCAGCUCCUGACGAGGCUUGGAAGGGCGGUCUAGAUGGCUUGGCAUAUAACCUGGGCCCUGAGCUGUUGGACGAGUACUCUGGCUACACCCUACACCUGGACACACACAACACCUUUCAGCAGUACACCUCUUAUAAUGUCAUCGGGACAAUCAAGGGCGAGGUGGAGCCAGAUCGCUAUGUGCUGAUCGGGAACCACCGCGACGCUUGGGGGUUCGGCGCCUCAGAUCCAUCCAGUGGCACGGCUCAGAUACUGGAGACCGCUAGAGUGAUGGGGCAGCUCAUGGCAGAUGGAUGGAGGCCUCGCCGGACACUGGUCUUCUGCAGUUGGGGAGCCGAGGAGUAUGGUCUGAUUGGCUCUACUGAGUGGGUCGAGGAACACGUGGAGAAGCUACAGGAGCGGAGUGUCAUGUACCUGAACACAGACACAUGCGCCUCUGGGCCGAUCCUACACGUGCCAGGCAGCCCCCUACUCUGGGACGCCAUCACCGACAUCACUAAAAUGGUGCCGGGAGUGAGGCAAGGACCCACGGUGUAUGAUGAACUGAAGGACUAUUAUACAGCUAUGAAUAAAACCUCUAUUGAGAUGACAACACUGGGGUCAGGUAGCGACUAUGCACCCUUCUCCUUCUACUGCGGCAUCCCCUGCCUCGACCUGUGGUUCAGAAGGGACAAGAAUAAGAACGAAAUCUCCAUCUACCCAUCCUACCACACUGGCUACGAGACCUUCUACAUGGUGGAUCACAACGUAGAUCCAGGGUUCAGGAUCCACCAGGGCUGCAGCAGACUGGCUUCCCUAAUGCUCAGGUUCUUCGCUGAUUCGGCCCUCAUCCCUUACAGCCUGGAGCAGCUCCCCAAGACCAUUAAGGAAGGGAUCGACAGUUUUAAAAAGAAUGGGAAGCGGGAUGAAUUAAUUAAGAUUUAUGAGAAUUAUG